AUGGCUGUGGAUGAGCUCUAUGCUAAUAUCGGCUUGAGAGGCACAGCAUCGCGUUUCUGCCGCCAGUCAGUGGUGGCUUGCAGAGUCUGAGCAGGCUCCUUCACAGCCAUGGCUGAGGGCGGAGAAGGGGAAGAUGAGAUCCAGUUCUUAAGAACAGAUGAUGAGGUGGUGCUCCAGAGUGUGGCCGUCAUCGAGAAGGAGCAUCGCAAGUUCUGCCUGGCCGCGGAGGGCUUGGGCAACCGGCUCUGCUACCUCGAGUCCACCUCUGAGGCCAAGUAUGUUCCUCCAGACCUGUGCAUCUGUAACUUCGUGCUGGAGCAGUCUCUGUCGGUGCGAGCUCUGCAAGAGAUGCUGGCUAACACCGGACAGAGCAGCGAAGGGGCGGGACAAGGAGGGGGUCACCGGACCCUCCUUUAUGGUCAUGCCAUCCUCCUACGACACUCCUUUAGUGGAAUGUACCUGACCUGUUUGAAGACAUCACGCUCUUUGACAGACAAACUGUCGUUUGAUGUGGGACUACAAGAAGACUCAAUAGGUGAGGCCUGCUGGUGGACCAUUCACCCUGCCUCUAAGCAGAGGUCAGAGGGAGAGAAAGUCCGAAUUGGAGAUGAUCUGAUCCUUGUGAGCGUCUCCACGGAGAGAUAUCUGCACCUCUCUGCCUCCAAUGGAAACUUCCAGGUGGAUGCUUCUUUUAUGCAGACUCUGUGGAACGUCCAGCCCACCUGCUCCUCGGCCAACAUGGCUGUAGGUUAUUUGAUUGGUGGCCAUGUUAUGAGACUUUGUCAUGGACACGAUGAGAGUUUGACCAUCCCAGGAGCAGACAAGAGUGAAGAGGAGCAGAGGAUAGUGAACUAUGAGGCAGGGAAAGGAGCAUCCAGAGCCCGAUCGCUGUGGAGACUGGAGCCGUUGAGAAUCAGCUGGUGUGGUAGUCACAUCCGAUGGGGCCAGCCUUUCCGACUACGUCACCUGUCCACGGGUUACUACCUGGGCUUGACUGAAGACAAAGGCCUGUUUCUUCAGGACAGAGAGAAGUCGGAUACCACCGCCACAGCUUUCUGUUUCAGACCCUCCAAAGAAAAGGGUGACAUGGGCCCAAAGCGAGACAUCGAUGGCAUGGGUGUACCUGAGAUUAAGUAUGGAGACACCAUGUGCUUUGUCAUGCAUGUGGCAACAGGACUGUGGCUGUCCUACCAGGCUCCUGAUGCCAAAGCCUCCCGCCUCGGCCCGCUCAAAAGAAGGGCCUGCUUACACUCUGAGGGCCACAUGGAUGAUGGUCUGAUCCUUCAGCGCUGUCAGCACGAGGAGUCUCGAGCUGCACGCAUCAUACGUAACACCACCUUCCUCUUCAGCAACUUCAUCAAAGCCUUAGACAGCACAACAGAGGGUGAAUCCCAGGUGGCAGGGUACAUAGAAGAGGUGCUUCAGACACUCAAUGACUUGAUUGAGUAUUUUAAGCAGCCAGACUCUGAGUUGGAGCAUGAAGAGAAACAAACCCUCCUACGGUCACUCAUUAAACGCCAGGACCUCUUCAAAGAGGAGGGCAUGCUCACUCUCUUGGUCAAGUGCAUUGAUCGAAUGAAUGUGUACAACAAUGCUGCACAUUUUGGAGAAGUAGCUGGAGAGGAGGCUGGCGCAGCAUGGAAGGAGAUAUGCAACCUUCUUUAUGAACUUUUGGCUGCCUUGAUCCAUGGCAACAGGACCAACUGUACCCAGUUUUCCAAGAACCUGGAUUGGUUAGUCAGUAAGCUGGAGAGGCUGGAGUCCUCAUCAGGAAUCCUGGAAGUCCUCCACUGUAUCUUGGUGUUAAGUCCAGAGGCUCUGAACAUCAUUCAAAAAAGUCACAUCAAGUCUAUUAUUUCUCUGCUCUACAAAAAUGGACGGAACCAUAAGAUUUUGGACGUCCUGUGCUCUCUAUGUGUCUGUAAUGGCGUGGCAGUUAGAGCCAAUCAGAACCUGAUCUGUGACCACCUUCUUCCUAAGAGGGACCUGUUGCUUCAGACCAAACUUGUCAAUGAUGUUCAGAGCAUGAGGCCAAACAUUUUCCUGGGUGUCGCUGAGGGUUCGGCGCAGUACAAAAAGUGGUAUUUUGAGCUGGUGAUUGACCAGGUAGACCACUUUGUUACUGGAGAGCCCACUCAUCUGAGGGUGGGCUGGGCCAACUCCAAAGGCUACGCUCCCUACCCCGGUGGAGGAGAGGGAUGGGGAGGCAAUGGUGUCGGGGAUGACUUGUACUCCUACAGCUUUGAUGGGCUUCAUUUGUGGUCAGGCCGAAUCCCCCGGGCCGUGGCCUCCAUUAACCAACACCUGCUGAACUCGGACGAUGUGGUGAGCUGCUGUCUGGACCUGGGCGCUCCCUCCAUGUCCUUCAGGAUCAAUGGGCAGCCGGUGCAGGGCAUGUUCGAGGACUUCAACACUGAUGGCUUCUUCUUCCCUGUCGUUAGUUUUUCUGCUGGGGUCAAGGUCCGUUUCCUGUUAGGUGGACGUCAUGGAGAUUUUAAGUUCCUGCCCCCUGCUGGUUACUCUCCUUGUUAUGAAGCACUGCUGCCCAAAGAGAAAAUGCAUGUGGAGCCCGUGAAGGAGUACAAGAGGGACCAUGAAGGUGUCCGAGAUCUGCUGGGAACCACCAAGUUUCUGUCUCAAGCAUCAUUCAUCCCCACACCUGUCGACACCACCCAGGUUGUUCUCCCCCCUCUGCUGGACAAUGUCAGAGAUAAACUGGCAGAAAACAUCCAUGAACUGUGGGCAAUGAACAAGAUUGAACUUGGCUGGACCUAUGGCAAGGUUCGUGAUGACAACAAGAGGCAGCAUCCUUGCCUUGUGGACUUUUCAAAGCUGCCAGAAACGGAAAGAAACUACAACUUGCAGAUGUCCAGUGAGACAUUAAAAACCCUAUUGGCACUGGGAUGUCAUGUUGCUCAGGCCAAUGUUCAUGCUGAGGACGAUCUGAAGAAAAUUAAGCUUCCGAAAGACUAUGUGAUGUCUAAUGGAUAUAAGCCUGCGCCACUAGAACUUUCUGACAUAAAGCUGAAUGCAGGUCAGGAGUUUCUAGUUGAUAAACUGGCCGAGAAUGCACACAAUGUGUGGGCCAAAGACAGAAUUAAACAAGGUUGGACCUAUGGCAUCCAGCAGGAUUUGAAGAGUAGACGCAAUCCCCGUCUGGUGCCAUAUGCUUUAUUGGACGAACGCACAAAGAAGUCGAACCGAGACAGUCUACGAGAGGCCAUCAGAACGCUUGUGGGAUACGGAUAUGACAUAGACCCCCCAGAUCAAGAGACUGUUCAUCUAAACGAUGAUCAGAGUAUUGAGACGAUCCGCUUCUUCAGAGUGGAACAAACAUACGCGGUCAAAACAGGGAAGUGGUACUUUGAGUUUGAGGCUAUCACUGGAGGAGACAUGAGAGUGGGCUGGGCCAGACCAGGCUGCAGACCUGAUGUCGAGCUUGGCAUAGAUGACCAGGCAUUUGUCUUUGAUGGAUACAGGGGCCGCCGUAUGCACGUAGGCAGCCGUUACUUUGGGCAGCCAUGGAAGAAAGGGGAUGUUGUUGGUUGUAUGAUCAACAUGGAGGACAAAUCCAUGAUUUUCACUUUGAAUGGAGAGCUUUUGAUCACCAGCAAAGGCUCUGAGCUUUGCUUUGCUGACUUUGAGACUGAAGAUGGUUUCAUUCCUGUGUGCAGUAUGGGCCAGUCUCAGAUUGGCCGCAUGAACCUGGGUAAAGACGCCAGCACACUGAAGUAUUACACCAUGUACGGGCUGCAGGAGGGCUUUGAACCUUUCGCUGUCAACAUGAACCGAGAGAUCACCAUGUGGUUCAGCAAACGCCUUCCCACAUUUGUCAAUGUGCCUUCAGACCAUAUGCAUGUUGAGGUGACGAGGAUUGACGGCACAGUGGACAGUCCGCCCUGCCUUAAAGUCACACAUAAGACUUUUGGCACACAGAACAGUAACAGUGAGAUGGUGUACUGCAGGCUGAGCAUGCCUGUGGAGUUCUACUCUGCAGACAUGAUACUGGAUGAGUCGCACAAACUUAGCCAGCCACCUAAAGAAGAUGGGACUGUGGACUAUGGAAGCAUCACAACGUAUUACCACUCUGUGAGAGUGUUUGCAGGACAGGACCCUACCUCUGUUUGGGUGGGCUGGGUCUCUCCAGAUUAUCAUUACUACAGCAAGAACUUUGCCCUCAGCAAAACACGCACAGUCACUGUGACCCUGGGAGAUGAACGUGGACGUGUCCAUGAAAGUGUCCAGAGGAGUAAUUGUUACAUGGUGUGUGGAUCAGAUGCAGUUGGGCAGUCCUCUAACUCUGACCUGGAGAUCGGCUGCUUCAUAGACCUGGCUUCUGGCCUGGUCUCCUUCACGGCCAAUGGCAAAGAGCUGCCCACAACAUAUCAGGUUGAACCAAAUACUAAGCUGUUUCCUGCUGUGUUUGUGCGGCCCACAAGCCCCAACCUCUUCCAGUUUGAAUUUGUCAAGAACAAGGAUGCGAUGCCUCUCUCAUCAGCCAUGUUCAAGAGUGAGCGUAGGAACCCCGUGCCGCAGUGCCCACCUCGGCUGGAUGUGCAAACCAUUGUGUCGGUGCUGUGGAGCCGGAUGCCAAACACAUUCUUGAAUGUGGAGACGGCUCGGGUCAGCGAGAGGCACGGCUGGGUCGUCCAGUGUCUGGAGCCUCUGCAGAUUAUGGCUGUGCAUAUCCCAGAGGAGAACAGAUGUUUGGACAUCCUUGAACUGUCUGAGUUUGAGGACUUGAGGAAAUUUCAUUACCACACGCUGAAGUUGUACUGUGCCCUGUGUGCCCUUGGCAACACCCGUGUGGCUCAUGCCCUCUGCAGCCAUUUGGACCAGUCCCAGCUGCUCUACACCAUCGACAACCAGUACCUCUCUGGCAUGCUUCGAGAGGGCUUCUACAAUGUGCUCAUGAGUAUCCAUCUUGAAACAGCAAAGGAGGCUCGUCUAAUGAUGAACAAUGAGUUCAUUAUCCCAGUCACGGAUGAAACUCGUUCCAUCCGGCUGUUCCCAGACGAAUCCAAAAAGCACUCACUUCCUGGGGUGGGCCUCAGCACCUCCCUCAAACCUCGCGUCAACUUCUCCCCUGUGGGCAUCCUCAGCACCAAGCGCCUGCAGUACCUCUACAGCCCCCAGAUCCCCCUCGGCAUCCUGAAAGAGAAGGCCAUCAGCAUGCUCACCGAGGCCGUACAGGGAGGGGGCACCCAUAUCCGGGAUCCCGUUGGAGGAAGCGUGGAGUACCAGUUUGUCCCUAUACUCAAACUCAUCGGGACACUGCUGAUAAUGGGCGUGUUAACGAGUGAGGAGGUCAGACUCAUCCUGCUGCUGAUUGACCCCAACGUGUUUGGGGAGGGCAAAGAGGAGGAGGCCAAGGGGGAGGGGGUGGCUGUGGUUGCGGAGAAGGAGGAGACCAACAAGAAUGAGGAGAAGGCUGUGGAGGCAGGAGAGGAGGAGAAAGAGGCUAAAGCACCUGUCAAGGGUCUGCUAGAGAAGUCCCUGCCCGAGUCCGUCAAACGCCAGAUGUGUGAACUGCUGCACUACUUCUGUGACUGUGAGCUGAAACACCGCAUUGAGGCCAUUGUGUCCUUCUCAGAUCGUUUUGUUUCUAAGCUGCAGUUUAACCAGAAAUUCCGCUACAAUGAGCUAAUGCAAGCGUUCAACAUGUCCGCUGCCGUCACAGCCAAAAAGACCAAAGAGUUUCGCUCGCCUCCACAUGAGCAGAUCAACAUCCUGUUGAACUUCAGUGCAGGGGAGGACUGCCCCUGUCCCGAGGAGAUCCAGGAGGAACUUAACAGCUUUCAUGAAGAACUGCGACUGCACUGUGGAAUUCCUGCGGAGGAGGAAGAAGAGGAGCCAGACACUUCGAUAAAGGGCCGUCUUCUUGCAUUGUUGUACAAGAUCAAGGGCCCACCUCAGAAACCAGAGGAAGAUCCCUCUGAAAAAGAGCAGGCUGCUCCCACCAACCUGAAGGAGCUGAUCUCCCAGACCAUCACCAGCUGGGCUCAGGAGUCUCACAUCCAGGACCCAGAGCUGGUCAGGGUAAUGUUCAGCCUCCUCAGGAGACAAUACGACGGCAUCGGAGAGCUGCUGCGUGCCAUGAAGAAGUCCUACACCAUCAGUGCUGCAUCUGUGCAAGACGCUAUCAACCUCCUGGCCUCUCUGGGUCAAAUCAGGUCCCUGCUGUCUGUGCGCAUGGGCACUGAAGAGGAGAAACUCAUGAUUGAUGGGCUUGGAGACAUUAUGAACAACAAAGUUUUCUACCAACAUCCUAACCUGAUGAGAGUGCUUGGCAUGCAUGAGACUGUCAUGGAGGUCAUGGUCAAUGUGCUGGGAGGAGACAAGUCCCAGGAAAUUGCCUUCCCCAAAAUGGUGGCCAGUUGUUGCCGCUUCUUGUGCUACUUCUGUCGUAUCAGUCGCCAGAAUCAGAAAGCUAUGUUUGACCAUCUGAGCUACUUGUUGGAGAAUAGCAGUGUUGGCCUUGCUUCUGAAGCAAUGCGAGGAUCCACUCCACUGGAUGUUGCAGCAUCAUCAGUGAUGGACAAUAAUGGGCUGGCUUUGGCAUUAGAGGAGCCUGACCUGGAGAAGGUGGUGACAUAUCUGGCAGGCUGUGGUCUUCAGAGCUGUGCCAUUUUGGUUGCCAAGGGUUACCCAGACCUCGGCUGGAACCCCAUUGAGGGAGAGCGCUACUUGUCUUUCCUAAGAUUUGCUGUCUUCUGUAAUGGCGAGAGUGUGGAGGAAAACGCUAACGUGGUGGUGAAGCUGUUGAUAAGGCGUCCCGAGUGUUUUGGCCCAGCCCUAAGGGGAGAGGGAGGCCAAGGACUGCUGGCUGCAAUGAAAGAAGCCAUUAAGAUCUCUGAGGACCCAACCCUGGACCUCCCCCCAGCCGAUGCCACUGCAGGGUCUGGUGAGGAGGAGGGAGAAGUUAUUCACAUGGGCAACGCCAUUAUGUCCUUCUACUCUGCUCUCAUUGACCUGCUGGGGCGCUGUGCUCCUGAGAUGCAUUUAAUCAAUGCAGGCAAAGGUGAAGCUCUGCGAAUCCGAGCAAUCUUGCGCUCACUGGUCCCCACCUCAGACCUGGUUGGAGUCAUCAGCAUUCCUCUUAGCAUGCCGGUGGUCAACAAAGAUGGUUCAGUGACUGAGCCCGAUAUGUCGGCCUGUUUCUGCCCGGACCACAAGGCUCCCAUGGUGCUCUUCCUCGACAGAGUGUAUGGCAUCGAGGACCAGGCCUUUUUGCUGCAGAUGCUGGAGGUCGGCUUUUUGCCUGAUCUAAGAGCCUCUGCAUCUCUGGAUACUGAGGUGUUGAGCACCACGGAGACCGCCCUGGCUAUGAACCGGUACAUUGGAUCUGCUCUGCUGCCUCUCUUGACCCGCUGUGCUGCUCUGUUUGCCAGCACUGAGCACCACGCUCAGCUGGUGGACUCCACACUCCAGACCAUCUACCGCCUGUCCAAGGGCCGCUCACUCACCAAAGCCCAGAGGGACGCUAUUGAAGAGUGCCUGCUUGCUAUAUGCAAACAUCUCCGUCCAUCUAUGAUGCAGCAGCUUUUAAGACGACUUGUAUUUGAUGUUCCUAUGCUCUCGGAUUACUGCAAGAUGCCACUGAAGCUGUUAACCAACCACUAUGAACAGAACUGGAAAUACUACUGUCUGCCCUCUGGGAUGGGCAGCUUUGGUUUAGCUUCUGAAGAGGAAUUACUCCUGACAAAGAAACUAUUUUGGGGGAUUUUAGAAUCUCUCUCUCAGAAGAAGUAUGAUGCUGAACUUUUCAAAAUGGCCAAGUCUUGUCUGUGUGCCAUUGCCGGAGCCUUGCCUCCAGAUUUUGUUGAUGCCACCCUCGGGGCUACAUUGGAAAAGCAGGCUUCAGUGGAUGCACAUGGAAACUUUGACCCCAAACCAAUCGUCACUGCCAACAUCUCCCUUCCUGAAAAACUUGAGUACAUUGCCAACAAAUAUGCAGAGCAUUCCCAUGACAAAUGGUCCUCAGAGAAGGUGUCAGCAGGCUGGAAACUUGGGGACAAUAUUGAUGAUCAGGCCAAAACUCAUCCUCUGCUGAAGCCUUAUAAAUCUCUGAGUGAGAAGGAGAGAGAAACCUAUCGCUGGCCGGUGAAAGAGUCGCUGAAGAGCAUGCUUGCGAUGGGCUGGAACAUUGAAAGGACCAAGGAAGGAGAAGCCAUUUUCCAACAACGAGAAAAUGACAAGCAAAAGAAAACAGAAUCUCAGGUUAAUGGAUUCAGUCCUGCUCCAGUGGAUCUGCACAAUGUCACUUUGUCAAGGGAGCUACAGGGCAUGGUUGAAGUAGUUGCAGAAAACUACCACAACAUUUGGGCUAAAAAGAAAAAGAUGGAGUUGACGAGCAAAGGAGGAGGGACCCAUCCAUUGCUGGUUCCCUAUGACACCCUGACGGCUAAAGAGAAGCAGAGAGACAGAGAGAAAGCCCAAGAGCUCUUCAAGUUCCUGCAGAUCAGCGGAUAUGCUGCCACAAGGGGUAUGAAAGAUAUGGAGCAGGACUCAUCAUCUAUGGAAAAGCGCCAUGCCUACAAGUUUGUUAAAACACUGCUUAAAUAUGUGGAUUCUGCCCAAGAAUUCAUUGCUCAUCUUGAGGCUAUGGCGACUAGCGGAAAGACAGACAAAUCUCCACAUGACCAGGAAAUCAAGUUCUUCGCAAAGGUGCUGCUUCCACUCAUAGAUCAAGCCUUCAAAAACCACUUUCUUUAUUUCCUGUCUACUCCCAACAUGGCCCUGAGCAGCUGUGGUUGUGCCUCUAAUAAGGAAAAGGAGAUGGUCACCAGCCUUUUCUGUAAGUUGGCAGCUCUUGUCAGACACAGGAUUUCCCUCUUUGGAAGUGACUCUGCCAUCAUGGUGAGCUGUCUGGACAUCCUUGCACAUUCACUGGACACUAGAACAGUGAUGAAAUCUGGUUCAGAGCUGGUCAAGGCUGGACUUCGUACUUUCUUUGAGAACGCAGCAGAAGAUCUGGAGAAGCUGCUGGAGAUGCUAAAGCUGGGAAAGUUCUUCCAAUCACGAGCCCAAAUGAAGAGUGUCAGCCAGAGCAUCAACUAUGUGACUGUGGCCUUACUACCGAUGCUGGUGGCCAUCUUUGAGCACAUCACUACUUACGGGUUUGCAGCGGAUCUACUGUUGGAUGAUGUGCAGUUGUCCUGUUAUAGAAUCCUCACAUGCCUGUACUCUCUCGGCACAGGAAAAAACAUCUUUAUGGAGAGACAUCUGCCUGCACUGGGAGAAAGCCUCGCCACCCUAGUGGGAGCGAUGCCUGUAGCAUUUUUAGAGCCGCCGCUGAAUGCAUACAACCCACUGUCAGUGUUCAACACCAAGACGCCCAGAGAGCGGGCCAUUUUGAGUAUGCCUGAUACAGUGGAGGAGAUGUGCCCAGAAAUGCCAUGCCUCGACAAACUGCUCAAAGAUGUGAAUGAUAUCUCUGAGACUGGAGCACGCUACAGUGACAUGCCACAGGUCAUUGAGGUGAUCCUCCCUAUGCUGUGCAACUAUCUGUCCUAUUGGUGGGACAAAGGGCCAGAAAACUCUCCUCCGGACACACUGUGCUGCACCAUGGUCACUUCCGAACACCUCAGCAUCAUCCUAGGAAACAUCCUCCGGAUACUCAAUAACAACUUAGGCACUGAAGAUGCUCCCUGGAUGAAGAGAAUUGCAGUUUACUCGCAACCAAUUAUCUGUAAGGCUGGGGCUGAUCUUCUUCGAAGUCAUUUCCUACCUACAAUGGACAAACUCAGGAAGAAGACAGUAAAGGUUGCUGCUGAAGAGGAGCUGUUAAAGGCUGAUGGCAAAGGAGAUAACCAGGAGGCAGAGUUGCUCAUUCUGGACGAGUUUUCUGUCCUCUGCAGGGACCUUUACGCCUUCUAUCCCAUGCUUAUACGUUAUGUAGAUAAUAACAGGUCUCGAUGGCUGAAGGAACCCGAUGAGAACUCCACGGAGCUUUUCCAAAUGGUUGCAGAGAUCUUCAUUCUGUGGUGCAAGUCAAAUAACUUCAAGCGGGAAGAACAAAACUUUGUGGUGCAAAAUGAGAUUAACAACUUGGGUUUCCUCACUGGAGAAGGAAAAGCAAAGAUGUCAAAGUCCGGUGGGGACCAGGAGAGAAAACACAAACGUCGUCGGGGUGAGUACUACUCCAUCCAGACUUCACUCAUCGUCGCUGCUCUGAAGAAGAUGCUGCCUGUGGGUUUAAACAUGUGCACCCCUGGAGACCAAGAGCUCAUCUCCCUGGCCAAAAUACGCUACAGUCUGAAAGAUACUGACGAUGAGGUGAAAGACCAUUUGCGUCAGAAUCUUCAUCUCCAAGACAAGUCGGAUGACCCAGCAGUCCAGUGGCAGCUGAACUUAUAUAAAGAUGUGGUUGUCAAGAGUGAAGAACCAGUCAACCCAGAUCACACAGUGGAUCGUGUGCAAAGCAUCUCUGCAGCUGUUUUCCACCUGGAGCAGGUGGAGCAGCCUUUGAGGAAUAAGAAGUGUGUGUGGCAUAAGUUGCUGUCCAAACAGCGCAAACGUGCUGUAGUGGCCUGUUUCCGCAUGGCCCCUCUGUACAAUCUGCCCAGGCAUCGUGCUAUCAACAUCUUCAUCCCGGUCUAUCAGAGACUAUGGAUAGAGACAGAGGAGUACUCCUUUGAGGAGAAACUAGUGCAGGAUCUGGCAAAAACUCCAGUCAAAAUGGGGGAAGAGGAGGAAGAAGAGGUGGCUGAGGUUCAGCCAGAUCCUCUUCAACAACUCAUCCUCCAUUUCAGCCACAACGCCCUGACAGAGAGAAGUCACUUGGAAGAAGAUCCUUUGUAUAUUGCAUAUGCAGACAUGAUGGCAAAGAGCUGUGCAGAAGAUGAAGAAGAAGAAGAGGAAGAAGGCAAAGAAAAGACAUUUGAGGAAAAAGAGAUGGAAAAGCAGAAGAUCCUGUAUCAGCAGGCGAGGUUGCAUGCCCGUGGGGCUGCAGAGAUGGUGCUACAGAUGAUCAGUGCCAGUAAAGGUCGAUUGGGCCCUAUGGUAACCUGCACCCUCAAACUGGGCAUUGCCAUUUUAAAUGGCGGCAAUGUGCACGUCCAACAGAAAAUGCUUGAUUAUUUGAAAGAAAAGAGAGAUGCAGGCUUUUUCAAGAGUCUAUCAGGACUUAUGCAGUCAUGCAGUGUCCUGGACUUGAAUGCCUUUGAGAGGCAAAAUAAAGCAGAAGGACUUGGGAUGGUGACAGAGGAAGGUUCAAUCCACACUCAGCGGGGUUCCAAAGUGCUUCAAAAUGAUGACUUUACCAAAGACUUAUUCCGUUUUUUGCAACUUCUGUGUGAGGGACACAAUGGAGAUUUCCAGAACUUCCUGAGAACACAAACUGGAAACACCACCACAGUGAACAUAAUCAUCAGCACUGUGGACUACCUGCUGCGGCUGCAGGAAUCUAUCAGUGACUUCUACUGGUACUAUUCCGGUAAAGACGUGAUAGACGACAUUGGCAAGCUCAACUUCUCCAAAGCUCUGGAUGUGGCCAAACAGAUCUUUAACUCCCUCACUGAGUACAUUCAGGGUCCAUGUAUUGGAAACCAGCAGAGUCUGGCCCACAGCAGACUCUGGGAUGCCGUUGUGGGCUUCUUACAUGUAUUUGCUAACUUGCAAAUGAAGCUGUCACAGGAUUCCAGUCAGAUUGAGCUGCUGAAGGAGCUGAUGGAUUUACAGAAAGACAUGGUGGUCAUGUUACUGUCCCUCCUUGAGGGCAAUGUGGUUAAUGGAACAAUUGGAAAGCAGAUGGUGGACACCUUGGUGGAGUCUUCAAGCAAUGUGGAGAUGAUCCUCAAGUUCUUUGACAUGUUCCUAAAGCUGAAAGACUUGACCACAUCUGACAACUUUAAAGAGUACGACCCUGAGUGUAAGGGCCUCAUUUCAAAGAAAGAGUUUCAGAAGUCUAUGGAGAGCCAGAAGCAGUACACUCAGUCAGAGAUUGAGUUCCUGCUCUCCUGUGCAGAAGCUGAUGAGAACGAUAUGUUCAACUACAAAGAGUUUGUGGAGCGCUUCCACGAGCCGGCCAAAGAAAUUGGUUUUAACGUGGCCGUGCUGCUGACGAACCUCUCUGAGCACAUGCCACACGACUCUCGCCUGGGCAGCUUCCUGGAUGUGGCUGAGAGUCUGCUGGGGUACUUUGAGCCGUAUCUGGGCCGUAUCGAGAUCAUGGGCAGUGCCAAACGCAUCGAGAGGGUUUACUUUGAGAUCAGCGAGUCGAGCCGAGAGCAGUGGGAGAAGCCUCAGGUCAAAGAGUCCAAGCGACAGUUCAUCUUUGAUGUGGUGAAUGAGGGCGGGGAGAGCGAGAAGAUGGAGAUGUUUGUCAACUUCUGCGAGGACACUAUAUUUGAGAUGCAGCUGGCCUCUCAGAUCUCAGAGCCUGAUGAGGUAGAACAGGCUGAGGAGGAAGAAGAAGAGGAGGGACACAGCUUCUUGGAGGAUCGCUCAGACGAAGAGGAGGCGGAGUCUGUGUCAGCUUUUACCAGUGCCUGCCGCUCUGUCAAGGGCAAAAUUGCCAAUGUGCGCCAAAUAGUCUCACUGAAAAACCUGCGCAAACAGUUUAAAAAAGUACGAAAGCUGAGCAUCAAAGAGGUGAUCACUGGCUUCUUCUCCUUCUUCUGGAUGCUCUUCAUCGGUUUCUUUAAGGGCAUCUUUGGCCUCAUCUUCGGAUUCUUCCACCUCAUCUGGUCCUCCAUGUUUGGUGGUGGCCUAGUGGAGGGAGCCAAAAACAUUAAGGUGACAGACAUUCUUGGUAACAUGCCUGACCCCACCCAGUUUGGUAUCCAUGGAGAUGUGAUAGAGGGGGAGAAAGUAGAGGCGAUGGAGUCGUCGGGCAGCUUGGAGGUUGCUAUGACACCUACGGGAGAAGUGGCAGAGGCCGACCUGAUGAUGGAGCUACUGGGAGUGCCUAAAAAAGAAGGAGGGAAACAUGUGGAGCCGGGGCUGGGAGAUGUGUCUGAACUGAGCGAGGGAUCAGGGGCCGACAAGAAGAAAACAACAUCUAAACCUGUCGAGAAAACAGAGAGCGAGACGGAGAAAGCAGACACCGAGAACCAAGAAAAAGAGGACAAACCAAAGGAAGAGGAGGCCAAGGAGCCGGUGGCAGAGGAGAAACCUAAAUCUAGAUCCAGUCAGCCCAAAGAACCAUCUCCUGCCUUCAUGUCCAGUGUGUUUGCUGUUCUGGACAUCUACCUGACCAAAUCUCUGAAUUACCUGGCUCGAAACUUCUACAACCUCCGUUUCUUGGCUUUGUUUGUGUGCUUUGCCAUCAACUUCAUUCUGCUCUUCUACAAGGUGACCGGAGAGACUGAUGACGAGGAUGCUGAGGAGAGCCACUGGGGAGGUGAGGAAGAGGAGGAGGACGAUGAGAAUACAUUGUUCGACAUGGACGAGUUUGUGCUUCAGGAGAGCACUGGUUACAUGUUACCCACUCUGCGCUUCCUGGCUGUCUUCCACACUGUCAUUUCCCUACUGUGUCUGGUGGGAUACUACUACCUCAAGGUGCCUUUGGUGGUGUUUAAAAGAGAAAAGGAGAUUGCCCGUAAACUUGAGUUUGACGGCCUGUACAUCACAGAGCAGCCCUCUGAUGACGACAUCAAGGGCCAAUGGGAUCGUCUGGUCAUCAACACACCAUCUUUCCCUAAUAACUACUGGGACAAGUUUGUUAAAAGAAAGGUGAUUAACAAGUAUGAAGACCUGUAUGGGGCUGAACGCAUCGCUGAAUUGCUGGGCCUGGACAAGAGUGCUUUGGACUUUGACCCCACUGUGGAGACUGUGGAGAGAGAAGCCUCCCUCAUGUCCUGGCUGAGCUCCAUUGACACCAAGUACCACAUCUGGAAAAUGGGUGUAGUUCUGACAGACAAUUACUUCCUGUAUCUCAUCUGGUACACCACCAUGUCAGUCUUUGGACACUUUAACAACUUCUUCUUUGCUGCUCACCUGCUGGACAUCGCUAUGGGCUUCAAGACCUUGCGUACCAUUCUGUCUUCUGUCACACACAACGGCAAACAGUUGGUGCUGACCGUGGGCCUGCUGGCGGUGGUGGUCUAUCUCUACACUGUGGUGGCCUUCAACUUCUUCAGGAAGUUCUACAACAAAAGUGAAGACGAGGACGAGCCCGACAUGAAGUGCGACGACAUGAUGACGUGCUACCUGUUCCACAUGUACGUGGGUGUGAGAGCUGGUGGGGGUAUUGGAGACGAGCUGGAGGAUCCUGCAGGAGACCCCUAUGAACUGUACCGCAUCCUCUUCGACAUCACCUUCUUCUUCUUCGUCAUCGUCAUCCUACUUGCCAUCAUCCAGGGUUUGAUUAUUGAUGCCUUUGGUGAGCUGAGAGACCAGCAGGAGCAAGUGAAGGAGGACAUGGAGACCAAAUGCUUUAUCUGUGGCAUUGGAAAUGACUACUUUGAUCGAACGCCUCACGGUUUUGAAACUCACACUUUACAAGAGCACAACCUGGCCAACUACCUGUUCUUCCUGAUGUACCUGAUCAAUAAGGAUGAGACUGAGCACACUGGACAGGAGUCCUUCGUGUGGAAGAUGUACCAGGAGAGGUGCUGGGACUUCUUCCCGGCUGGAGACUGCUUCAGGAAACAAUAUGAGGACCAGCUGGGAUAAAGAGGAGAACGCCCUUUGGACCAGAUAUGACAUAACAAAAUUAUGAACACUAUAAACUCAAUACACCAGGACUGACCAAUCUUUGACUAGACUAUAUACCAACGGCUGGACAGUGGGGGGGUCGCUCAUCUUUGCCCACCAUAGUGAACAAGUCUCCACACCUCCAUGCCUCUUUAUGCAAUCUCUCUCUUUCAUCGCCUUUUCACCUGCUAACCCCAAACCUGUCGCACAAUCUGUUGUACAUAGACAAUUGUCACACCAGAGGGUUACGGCAUGACAAAUGAAUGUUUCAAUUAGGGCUGCGCAAUAUUACAAAAAAUUUGAUAUUCGGUACCUGUUUUGUAUUGCGAUAACGAUACUAUACAGAUAUUUUAAUAUACUUUUUGACAUAGUAAAACUGAAACUGAAUUGUGUCGAAAUAAAAACUAGACCAAAACAAGGCAAAAGUGAUAUUGAUAUUUUAACGAUAUACUGCGCAGCCCUAGUUUCAAUAUGCACAAUUUUGACUUUGAAUUCGACUGACGUGCGCUGCUAGUCUCAACACGCUCACCCUGAAAUCUUACGAGACCUGGUUUUUGCCUUUUUAAGAUGGUUCAAAUCUGCUGAAUCGAAUGAAUGAAUGAAGUCCUUUCUGGUCUUGGCGUGUUCGCUGUGUUCCCAAGACCAAAGACGACUGUGAAAAUGUCAAAGAGCCACUGUGCCUUACCAGAAACUAUGCAAAGAACAUUUUUGUCCCUCCUGACACAAGCUGCGCUACAUUUCUGAGUUCGCUUUCACGCAAUGAUUUGAGCUUUAGCUGGUUUUGGUGGCUUUCGAAUCACGAAUAGAAAUAAUUUGUUGUAUAAAAUUUAGCGAAAUUUUGCGUAAUCGUUGCUUUUUUUCCCCUAAGCCUUUUCUGAGAGUAUCCACUUGUGUCCACACAACCACCCCACGCGCCGUGUUCAAAUUGAAAAGUUUACCAUUUAAAACCGCUAUCGUAUGGCUCUUUGUAUGUAGCUAGUAGCUUUGGUAAAGAACGCAUUUAUUUUGAUCAGAGGGAGAAAGUGAAUAAAGUAACUGACGCAAUAAA